UGGCCAAAUUCACCUCUUGUGGAAAACGUGAAGAUAUCCAACAGUAACCCCAACAAGCACCCCGACAAACCUAAUCCUAAAAUCUAGUGUUAAUAUUUUAGACUUAGGAAAAACGAGGUAAUUAAGUGAUCUCUCCAAACCCCGCAAUAUAAAGAUCCCUUCAUCAAUUCCCUAAGUCCUUGCCACACCCACAAAGUCCAUUACCAUCUCCUCUGUUUCUGUUAGGAUUUUGACAAUACACUAUUUAUAUACUCACUAAUCUAUCUCCAGCCGAAAUGGCAACAAUGAAGGUCCACGGAGAUGUAUUAUCAAUCGCAACCCAACGAGUGCUCGCUUGCCUCUACGAGAAAGAACUCGACUUCGAGUUAGUUCCAGUCGACAUCAGAACCGGCGCCCACAAGAAGCAACCUUUCAUUUCUCUCAACCCAUUUGGUCAAGUGCCGGCGUUUGAAGAGGGAGAUAUGACGCUCUUCGAGUCGAGGGCAAUUAACCUACACAUCGCACACGCCUACAAAGACAAGGGGACCCAACUGAUCUAUGAUGGAAAGAAGAUGGCGAUCGCGUCGGUGUGGAUGGACGUGGAGGCUCACCAGUUUGAUCCGGCGGCUACGAAGCUGGGUUUCGAGCUUGUUAUCAAGCCGAUGAUUGGGGGGACCGCAGAUGCGGCGGCGGUGCAUGAGAAUGAGGCCAAAUUAGUUCAAGUUUUGGACAUAUACGAGGUUCGACUCGCUCAGUCCAAGUACUUGGGCGGAGACGACUUCACCUUGGUGGAUCUGCACCACCUCCCUUGCAUUCAUCGUUUGAUGGGUAGCCAAGUGAAGAAAUUGUUUGAUUCACGCCCCCAUGUCAGCGCAUGGUGCGCCGAUAUCCUGGCUAGGCCGGCUUGGCUUAAGGUCCUUGCAAUGCAAGCCAACCAUUAAUCUACCAUUUUGCUCUUCCACAUGGAUAAGAACAAGAAAUAAGUUUAGUAUGUCAAGGUGCCUCUUUUUCUGAGUCAUAUUCAAAAUAAGUUUGGUAUGUCAAGGUCAGAUCGCUUUGACCACCUCGAGUCUGUAUGUUGUAAGUGUUGUCAUUUGUUUAUCAUGAAUGUAACCGGCACGCGAACUGCUUUUGGUUUGUGGAAAAAAUGGGUUUGGUUCUAU